AUGUACAGUGCUUUAUCAAAUCGAACAGCCAUUCUUAGGAAGUGGUUUGCUCACUCCCAAUCCAGUAAGUCUUACAUCGUCGGGUGUGAAAAUCCCUUGUCCUUUCCUAGCCAGAGUCAAAGCUUCACCCACCUUAAAGAACUGAGUAUGACUGCUUGUCAAAGACUUGAGUCCUUUCCUGACAUCAAUUUGCCCCGCAACCUAGAAACGCUAUCUAUCUGCAACUGCAGAGAACUUAAGCCUCUAUCAGAGUGGGGCUUGCAUAGACUCCCUUCUCUUCAGCGUUUUACUAUGAGACGUGUAUAUCCAGAGCUACUUUCCUUUCCAGAUUCGUGUUUUCUUCCUGAUAUUCUAAAAUUCCUUUGUAUUGAUGGAUUCUCGAAUCUUGAGUCUCUCUCUAAGGGGCUCCAAAACCUGACCUCUCUUGAGACUCUGGAAAUCAUGAACUGCCCUGAGUUAGGUUUGUUGCCUAAUGAAGGGACACUUGCCACACUUUCAAGCCUGGCCAUAGUGGCAUGCCCACUUCUUGAACGACGAGGACUUGUUGCACAAGUUCGGUCUGAGGAUGAGGACGACGACAGAGACCAUCCUGAUUCCUUCUCUCAGAUUGACCACGAGGUCUGUUUUAAGGAGCAGCUUUACAGAUUGACCACCAGUCACUGA